AAACCAGUGUGCGCAUGCGUCCGUAGAUCGGGCCAGGUCCAGGCAUAGAUGGGUCCAGGACCGCAGUUCGGCGUGUUACGGGCCAUAGAUACAAGACAUCUGGCAGCCACACCGUGACCACAGGACCCGGGGACAAGUGCAUUGUGGGAUAGCUAAAUCUAAUUUUCUCCGAUGACUGCUGGGAGUUUGGAGGAUUUUGCCAUUCCUUUUCCAGUGUCAUGGCGACUAACAUCGAACAGAUAUUUCGAGAUUUUGUAAUGAAUAAAAUAAGAGAAAUUGAAGGCGAAGGUCUGCAUACCGGAGUGACCACCGAGGGACAUUCAAACGGCAGUGUGCAGUAUUCUGUGGAGAGAACAGGCUUUGGAAAAGAGGUUGCAUUGGUAAUGGAGAAUCGCGGUGAUGUAUAUGAACACCCAUGUUCUGCUGAAGUGGUAAAAUGUGCUGAAAAUGCACAGACAGAGAACACAGCCAGUGUGGACAUGGCUCUCAGCAAGGAGGGCAGCAUGAUGCCCCACAAGAAGAACAAAAAGCACAAGCGACACAAAAGCAGGAAGAAGAAGAAGCACAAGGAGGAGAGAGAGGGUACCUCUGAAUCUGGGCUGGAGUCUGGUGCAGAGUGUCACGCUCGUGUGAAGGGUCUGUGUCCUGGCAGAGAGGGAGUGGCAGAAGACGACAGGGCUGCUGUUGUAGGAGUACCAACAGACCAACCCAUGGAAGAAAUUGAUGGCAGACCUAAAAGGCAUAAACAUGCAACCAAGAAAAAGAAGAAGAAAAAGAAGAAAGAUGAGGAGAAGCAUGAAAAAAAAUCUCCCCCUCGUUCCAGAUCAGAGAGCUCAUCUGGUUCAGAAUCGGUAUCAAAGUCUCCUUCAAAGAUGCCACCCAUAUCUUAUCCUGUUGUCCCUUUGGAGAAAAAUCAGGAAAGCUCAUCCUUUGGGAGCACCCCAAAAAAGUCACCAAAAAAGCUUUCAAAGGAAAUGACACCUGUCCAGUGUGAAGUGUUUGUUCAAGUCUCUGAGCAGGAUUCAGAAGCUGUGGGCAUUCAUGAAGUGGUUUCUUCUCAGAAAACAGUAGUAGUGGCAACUAAUGUAAUAGAUAAUCAAGUGAAUAUUGCCAAAGUACUAGAUUUACCUGAUAUAGUUCCUAAAGUUGAAAAUGCUCACAAGGAAGAAGGUAGGGUGGAUUCUUUUGUCCAAAAAGACACAGAAGAGAACAGUGAAUCUAUGAAUAAAGAGAGAGGCCCAUGCUGUUCCCAGACCCCAAAGCAAACCAUUGACAAAUCUGAUUCCCGAAGGGUUUGUUCUUCUUCCAGGUCGUCCUCAAGAAGAAGGAGUAGUCCUAGAAAGAGACAUUCCAGGUCUCGAUCUAGAAGACGCAAAUCUCAGACUUCAUCUGUCAAUAGAUCUGAACAAAAAUCCAGUCCUUUAUCAUCCAGGAAGUGGGAACACUCAUAUUCCAGAUUCUGUAUGAGAUAUAGGAGAUCUAGGUCAAGAUCCAGACAUAGCUCGCAAUCUCGAUCUACUGUACAACGUCGGUCUCAUUCAGGGUCUUUUUCUAUGUGCAGAAGGUCACGAUCAAGAUCUAAAAGGUCACAAUCUCGGCAAAACCAGAGGUCUCGGCCAGCAAGAAGGGCCAGGCACUCUAGAUCACGAUCUCGCUUAUAUUAUAAAAGAUCUCAUUCAAGGAAGUCUUGUUCCAGGUCAGUCAGGCGGACCAGGCAAACUCGGUCUAGGUCCAUUGUAAUCCUUAGGCAUUCAAGGUCAAGAUCAUUAUUCAGGAGGAAUAGACGCUCAAGGUCAAGAUCAUUGAGACAAAUUUGUUCCAGAUCGAGGUCUGCAAGAAGACGUCAGUCUAAAUCUCAUUCACCACAGAGAUCCAGGCAUUCUAGGUCAACACCGCGAGCUAGGCAAAGAAGAUCUCAAACUUUAUCCCCUCGAUGCAGUAAGAAGUCAAGGUCACCUAUAAGACGUUGUCACUCUAAAUCUCCUUGUGGAAGCCAAAAACAGUCAAAAUCUCCCAAAAAGAACAGACAGUCAAUGUCAAGAUCUCCAACUAAAUACAAAUCAAAAUGUAGAUCAAUUUCAGGAUUUACUCUGUCAUGUGAAAAGAGGCCACUACUAACAGAAGAGAAGAAAGUCUCAGGAUCUCCUACCAGAGAACUUGGAGACAGUGACAUACCCAUUACUGAAAUUCAUGCCUCAGGAUGUAAUGCUGACAAAAGAGAUGAAGAAGAUGCAGUAUAUACAGCCAAAACUGUCCAGUGUAUGAAUUUAAAGGGAUCACAUCUAAAAGAAGAAACUCCAGCAUAUCCCAGUGAUCUUAAAUUGGAAAAUGCUUUUGAAGAAUUUUGCACUGAUAAUGAAAAUAAAAUAGCAUCUUCUGUUGGUUCUUGGAGGCCAGUACCCUUUCUGAUGGAUAGCAAUGCAAAGCCUAAGCCUAUUUCUGCAACAGAAAGUCUCGGUGUCUUCACUUCAGCUGCUGUCACACUCACAGAGCUAUCUGAAGAAUGUAAAUGUCCAACGAUGGAAAAAACUCCACUUACUCCAUCAACUUCUUGGGACUUGUCAUAUGAGACCUCUAAAGACCAUCUUCAGAAUAGCAAAAUGUCAAGUUUAUCCGAAGAUGUAGGCAAAGAGUCUGAUUUGGGGUGUAGGUCCUACUUUCCACAAUGGAAUUCUGAACCCACAUCUCCUUUGAACAGAAAGAAAAGCCCUUUCAAAGAGGGCCUAUCAUCAGUGUCACCAUCCUCAUCAAGAAAAAAACAUUCAAAAUCAAGAUCUCACUCAAAGAGAAAGAAGUCUGUGUCUACUCGGCGGAAGCACUCAAGAUCAAAUUCGUCUCCUCGAAGGAGGCGUUCACAGUCAAUAUUAACUAAUCGGAGGAAGAAGUCAAAAUCCAGGUCUCCUGGAAGGAAAAAGUCCCCCUCUCAAUCCUGGGGUCAGAAUAAAUCUAAAUCUCCCAGAAGGGGGAGGAGAUCAAGAUCUAAGCUGAAGAAAUCACGAUCAAAGUCUAUUUACAGAUCCACCAAAAGGAAGCGGUCUAAGUCCAGAACCCCAGUUCAAAAAAAGCACUCAAAGUCUCGCUCACCUAGGAGGAAACACUCCAGGUCUCGGUCAGCAGCUCAGAGAAGAUCCAGAUCUGCAGAUAAAAGGAGACACUCAAAAUCUCUCUCCCGAACUAGAAAGAGGAGGAUGCGCUCACGAUCUGCAAACCGUAGCCACCGUUCCCGGUCUAGAAGGUCUCGCUCCAUAUCCCGCAGACAGAGAGGUAGUUUUCGCAGUCGCUCAUUUGACCGCAGGGACAGAUGGAGACGUGAACCUAGCCAUUCUCCUGUUGUCAUCCUUCGCAAAAAGAGGUCUGCUUCACGGACUUGUCGCAGCACAAGUAAAACUCCUCCACGCCUUACUGAGCUAGACAAAGAGCAGCUUCUGGAAAUUGCCAAGGCCAAUGCUGCAGCUAUGUGUGCCAAGGCUGGCAUGCCCAUUCCUGAGAGCCUGAGGCCUAAGGCCACCCCCGCUUCAGUUUCUUCCCCCCUGAACCUGCCCCUGCCUUUGAAUUUGUCAAUGGGAAUGCCCCUGGGUAUGCCUAACAUUAGUAUCAAUGCAGCAAUGGCGACUAUGACUGCUGCCACCAUGACUGCUGCCCUGACCAACAUGAGCACUCUGGCCAACAUGCCUAAUUUGCUUAACAUCACCAACAAACCAUCACCCACAGCCAACACUACCAGUAUCGAGGAGGUGAAGAGGAAGGUUACGCAGAAGGCUAACAGCAUCAGCAUCAAGGAAUUGACAGAGAAGUGCAAGAUGAUCGCGGAGAGCAAGGAAGAAAUGGCUGUGGCUCAGCCACAUAUGUCUGAUGAUGAGGAUGAUGAGAAGUCAUUUGGUGGAGGAGUCUUCCGGGAGAGCAAGGGCAUCUCCUUCAGCUUGAGUAACCCUUCGGCGAAGUCAGCAGUGAGGACAGAGGCAGCCUUUGCCAAGGAGUUUCCGGUAUCUUCGGGGUCACAGCACCGUAAGAAGGAGAGUGAGGGAGACUACGGGGAGUGGGUGCCCAUCGACAGGAAGGCAGAGAGGGACAAGGCAGCCAGUGCGUCCAUCUUGAGGAGCACAGCGGGGGAGGAAGAGUGCAAGGAUAGCAGCAGUGUCUUCCCUGAUGUCCCCCUGCAGCCUGUGGACAUCACGCUAGCUGUGAGUGAGAGGGCGGCAGCACAGAAGCGGCUGGCUGAAAACCCCUUUGAUGUGAACGCCAUCUGCAUGCUGAGUCGGGCACAGGAACAGGUGGAUGCCUGGGCUCAGUCAAACUCCAUUCCAGGCCUCUUCACGGGCUCCACUGGUGCCCAGGUGCUGUCUUCUGAGGAGCUGUCCAACAGUGGCCCACAGGCAUGGAUUAAGAAGGAUCAGUUCCUACGUGCUGCACCUGUCUCAGGCGGCGUGGGAGAGUUUCUGAUGAGGAAAAUGGGCUGGCGCGCUGGUGAAGGACUAGGCAAAUAUAGGGAAGGCACCGUGGAGCCCAUCGUCAUCGACUUCAAGACGGACCGCAAAGGGCUGGUGGCUGAUGGGGAGAAGAUGCAAAAGUCUGGCAGUCUAGUUGUGAUGAAAGACCUGCUGGGUAAACACCCAGUAUCUGCUCUUAUGGAGAUCUGUAACAAGAAAAAGUGGGCACCCCCUGAGUUUAUCAUGGUCCAUCACAGUGGGCCUGACCAUCGUAAGAAUUUCCUCUUCAAGGUAGUGGUCAACGGUACAGAUUACCAGCCCCAGACGGCCAGUCCCAACAAGAAGCAUGCCAAAGCCAUGGCUGCCACCGUGGCCCUGCAGGCCAUGGGUGAGGUGUCCGGGGAGACCAUGCAUGCUGGCCCUGUCUUCACUGCUGCCACCUCCACUGGCUGACUGCGACCCUGCAUGCGAGAAAACCCCCUUAGCUGGUCAGCGCUGACAUAACGUCUCCUAAUUGGUGAACUAAUUUUUUCUUCUGACACAGUUAUGUCAAUACCCACUGUAUUAACUGCAGAACCAUCUUCCAGAUGGGUUUUGCUAAUGUACAUGUUCAGGGAGAGAGAUGUCGGCUACUGUGCAUUCAGUGAGUGUGGCUUAUCUUUUGCCAUUUCAGGUCAUGCUGAAACACUGUUUGUAAAUCACAUUGAAGGAUUGUUUUUAUCUUUAGUCGUAAGGCUGGGGAUGGGAGCUUUUAAUUUUUUAAUGGUUUCACUGAAUGGUCAAGACUAAUACCUUCUGGAAUCUGCAUUGUUGCCACCUUUUUUAUAAAAACUUUGGAUGACAGCUAUUUGCUGGAUGCAUGCUGUUUUCCUGACCAAAUAAACCUUAUCUUGAAUUACCA